AUGCCGCUCACUCCUCUCCGCCCCGGCGUGUAUGCGCCUACCAUGACCUUCUUCAACCCCGACACUGAAGAUCUGGAUGUCCCCUCCAUCCGUCGCCACGCCGUGCGCCUGGCCAAGGCCGGUCUGGUCGGUCUGGUCACCAUGGGUUCCAACGGUGAAGCCGUGCAUCUCACUCGCGAGGAGCGUGCCACAGUGACUCGGGAAACCCGCUCUGCCCUCGACGAGGCCGGCUUCACCAACGUGCCCGUCAUCGCCGGUGCCAGCGAGAACAGCAUCCGCGGCACCAUCGACCUCUGCAAGGAAGUCGCUGCGGCCGGUGGUGAAUACGCCCUCAUCGUGCCCCCCAGCUACUACCGUUACGCUGUCGGCAACGACGAGACUAUCUACGAGUACUUCACUUCCGUCGCCGACGGUUCUCCCAUCCCCCUCAUCCUGUACAACUACCCCGGUGCCGUCGCCGGUAUCGAUAUGGACUCCGACCUCAUCAUUCGCAUCUCCCAGCACCCCAACAUCGUCGGUACCAAGUUCACCUGUGCCAACACUGGCAAGUUGACUCGUGUCGCUACUGCCCUCGGCGCAGUUACCCCUACCUCCCCUCUCGCCCCGGCCCAGCGUGCCGCUCCCACCGUCGCCAAGCCCGACGCAAAGCACCCCUACGUCGCCUUUGGCGGUAUCGCCGACUUCAGUCUGCAGACUCUCAUCUCCGGUGGUUCAGCUAUCCUGGCCGGUGGUGCCAAUGUCGUCCCCCGUCUGUGCGUUCGCAUCUUCACUCUCUGGUCUGAGGGCCGUCUUGCAGAGGCUAUGGAGGCUCAGCAGCAAUUGAGUGCUGCCGAUUGGGUUCUCACCAAGGCUGCUAUUCCCGGUACCAAGUCAGCGAUUCAGUCUUACUAUGGAUACGGUGGAUACCCCCGCCGGCCGCUGGCUCGUCUCAGUGAGGCGCAGGCUAAGGAGGUUGCGGAUAAGAUUAAGGGCGCUCUUGACGUGGAAUUGUCCCUGAAGGAUGUUGCGUGA